UUCUUUCUUAUUACUUAAAAAAAAAAAGAUUUCCAAACUUUUCACUCAUUAAAAGGGACUAUGGCUCGUUCCAUUUGCUUCAUGGCACUUAUGGUCUUGGCAAUGGUGCUCUUUGUUUCCUCUGAGGUGCAAGCUCAGCAGAUGUGCAAAUCAACAAGCCAAACCUUUAAAGGAUUAUGCUUUAUCGAUUCAUCAUGUAGAAAGGCUUGUGUCACAGAGGAGUUUACAGGUGGACAUUGUAGCAAACUCCAAAGAAAGUGCCUAUGUACUAAGGUUUGUGUAUUUGAAAAAGAUUCAAAUGAAGUUAAAACAACUUUGGUUGGGGAAGCAAAAACUCUAAGUGAAACUGUGCUUGAAGAAGAGAUUAUGAUGGAGUAAUUAAUUAGUGAGAUAAUUAAGAAUUUGAGUGUCAAAAUCAAAAUUAAUAAAGUAUUGCCUUUUAGUAAAAGGGUAGCUUCUAAUGUCGUGUUAUUGGGCUUUAGUAGCCAUUUGAUACAUUAAAUAAGUUUUGACAUGUCAUUAAUCCUUUUGGAUUCUUGUAUCAACUUAAUUAGUGUAUGUUUUAAUGAAAAAUGAUCGACUAUGGUCUUUAAUUUUUA